AAAAUCUAAACUUUAUCUCGAAACUUCCGAUCUCAUUCGCCGGAGUUACCAUCGGAAAAAAGUAUGAACGCCGCUGAAAAUAGCCGGCGCUGGGACCGGCGAGACUCUAGGUUUUCAAAGAAGCAGAAACUCAUACUUAACUCCGAAGAACAGCUCGAAUCCAAGCUAGGAUUCGAUGCUUUCACUGAAGGAGAUAAACGACUCGGCUGGCUUCUAACUCUUGCCUCUUCGUCGUGGGAGGAUCAGGAGACUCGCAAAGUGUACAGUUGUGUUGAUCUUUAUUUUGUUUGUCAGGAUGGUUCAACAUUCAAAGCAAAGUACAAAUUCAGGCCAUAUUUUUACGUGGCAACAAAGGAUAAAAUGGAAAUGGAUGUCGACUCAUAUCUGAGAAGGCGAUAUGAAUCUCAAAUUGCAGAUAUUGAAGUUUUAGAGAAAGAGGAUCUUGAUCUUAAAAACCAUCUGUCUGGCCUACACAGAUCAUACUUAAAGAUAUCAUUUGACACUGUCCAACAGUUGAUGGACGUGAAGCGUGAUCUAACACACAUUGUUGAGAGAAAUCAAACGAAGUUUGAUACUAUAGAAGCAUAUGAAUCUAUACUGACGGGGAAAAGCAAGCAGCGAAGUCAAGAUUUUAUAGAUUAUAUCACUGAUCUACGUGAAUAUGAUGUCCCCUACCAUGUUCGCUUUGCCAUUGACACUGAUGUUAGAUGUGGUCAGUGGUAUGAUGUGAGUGUAUCUAGCUCCGAUGUUAUGUUGGAGAAGAGGACUGAUCUCUUGCAGCGAGCUGAAGUUCAUGUUUGCGCCUUUGAUAUUGAAACCACAAAGCUUCCUCUUAAAUUUCCUGAUGCCGAAUAUGAUUCCAUAAUGAUGAUCUCAUACAUGGUUGAUGGCCAAGGCUAUCUCAUUAUUAACAGAGAGUGUGUUGGGGAAGAUAUUGAGGAUAUAGAGUAUACCCCAAAACCAGAAUAUGAAGGGCAUUUUAAAGUGUCAAAUGUGAAAAAUGAGGAAGGGCUCCUUAGGCACUGGUUCGCGCACAUGCAAGUGGCGAAGCCUGGUAUCUAUGUAACAUAUAACGGUGACUUCUUUGAUUGGCCAUUUGUUGAGACAAGAGCUACUCAUUAUGGCUUGAGCCUGAAGGAUGAGCUUGGGUUUUCCUGUGACAAGAAUCAAGGGGAAUGUCGUGCUAAAUUUGCUUGCCAUCUGGACUGUUUUGCUUGGGUUAAACGUGAUAGUUAUCUUCCUCAAGGAAGCCAAGGUCUGAAGGCUGUAACGAAGGCCAAGUUGGGUUAUGAUCCUCUAGAAGUUAAUCCUGAGGAUAUGGUUCGCUUUGCAAAGGAAAAACCACAGAUGAUGGCUUCAUAUUCUGUUUCAGAUGCUGUUUCAACAUACUACUUGUACAUGACUUACGUUCAUCCCUUCAUUUUCUCCCUUGCAACCAUAAUACCCAUGCCGCCAGAUGAAGUCUUGCGCAAAGGAAGUGGGACUUUGUGUGAAAUGCUUCUUAUGGUUCAGGCUUAUAAGGCAAAUGUUAUCUGUCCAAACAAGCACCAGUCUGAUCCAGAGAAGUUUUAUGGUAGUCAACUCCUUGACAGUGAGACAUACAUUGGUGGUCAUGUGGAAUGCCUAGAAAGUGGUGUAUUCAGAUCUGACAUCCCAACCAGUUUUAAACUCGAUCCCUCUGCCUAUGAGCUAUUGAUCAGCAACCUUGAUAGAGAUCUGCAGUAUUCUAUUGUAGUUGAGGGGAAGAUGGACUUGGAAUCUGUCACAAAUUAUGAUGAAGUGAAGAAUGCCAUCAUGGAAAAGCUAAUGAGCUUACGAGAUGAUCCUUUAAGGGAAGAAUGCCCCCUCAUAUAUCAUCUUGAUGUAGCUGCCAUGUAUCCAAACAUCAUACUUACAAAUAGGCUUCAGCCACCAUCAAUAGUAUCAGAUGAGAUAUGCACUGCAUGCGAUUUUAAUCGUCCUGGCAAAAAGUGUCUCCGGAAGCUUGAAUGGGUUUGGCGUGGUGAAAUGUACAUGGCAAAAAGGAGUGAUUAUUACCACAUAAAGAGACAACUCGAGUCUGAACUUGUUGAAGUAGGAGAUGGUCAACGAUCAAAGUCUUUUCUUGAUUUGCCUAAAGCAGAACAACAAGUAAAGCUCAAGGACCGUUUAAAGAAAUACUGUCAAAAGGCAUAUAAAAGAGUUCUUGAAAAGCCGGUCACAGAAGUUCGAGAAGCAGGGAUCUGCAUGCGAGAAAAUCCUUUUUAUGUUGAUACUGUACGGAGUUUCCGAGAUAGGAGGUAUGAAUACAAAGGGCUCAAUAAAGUUUGGAAAGGUAAGCUGUCUGAAGCAAAGGCUAGUGGAAAUUCCAUAAAGAUUCAAGAAGCACAGGACAUGGUAGUUGUGUAUGAUUCAUUGCAGCUGGCUCAUAAAUGCAUUUUAAACUCCUUUUAUGGUUAUGUCAUGCGCAAGGGUGCAAGAUGGUACUCAAUGGAGAUGGCUGGAGUUGUCACAUAUACAGGUGCAAAAAUCAUUCAGAAUGCUCGAUUGUUGGUUGAAAAAAUUGGAAAGCCCCUCGAAUUAGACACAGAUGGUAUUUGGUGUGCAUUACCAGGCUCUUUCCCUGAGAAUUGUACCUUCAAGACAAAAGAUCCAAAGAAGAAGCUAACAAUCUCUUAUCCUUGUGUAAUGCUGAAUGUUGAUGUGGCAAGAAACAAUACCAAUGAUCAGUACCAGACGCUCAAGGACCCCAUCAAUAAGACGUAUACAAUACACAGUGAAUGCUCAAUUGAGUUUGAAGUGGAUGGACCAUAUAAGGCAAUGAUUCUUCCCGCUUCCAAGGAAGAAGGUAUUCUAAUAAAGAAGCGCUAUGCAGUUUUCAAUGAUGAUGGUACGCUUGCCGAACUUAAAGGUUUUGAAAUUAAACGUAGAGGUGAGCUAAAGCUCAUCAAAGUAUUUCAGGCUGAGCUUUUUGAUAAGUUCCUCCAUGGAUCAACCUUAGAGGAAUGCUAUUCAGCAGUUGCUGCUGUGGCAGAUCGGUGGCUUGACCUGCUUGAUAAUCAAGGCCAAGAUAUUGCAGACAGUGAGUUGCUCGGAUAUAUAUCUGAAUCAAGCACAAUGAGCAAGUCCCUGGCCGAUUAUGGUGAGCAAAAGUCAUGUGCAGUAACUACAGCUAAACGGCUUGCUGAUUUUCUGGGGGAUGCAAUGGUCAAAGAGAAAGGAUUGCUUUGUCAAUAUAUUGUUGCAUGUGAGCCAAAGGGAACCCCAGUAAGCGAACGUGCUAUUCCUGUUGCAAUAUUUGAAACUAAUGCAGAGAUCAUGAGGUUCUAUGUCAAAAAGUGGUGCAAAAUAUCAUCGGAAAUCGGAAUACGCUCCAUUAUUGAUUGGUCUUAUUACAAGCAACGACUUGGUUCAGCAAUCCAAAAGAUUAUCACAAUUCCUGCUGCAAUGCAGAAGGUUUCAAACCCUGUCCCAAGGGUGGUUCAUCCUGAUUGGCUGCAUAAGAAGGUUCGUGAAAAAGAAGACAAAUUUCGCCAACGAAAAUUGAAUGAUAUCUUCAGUUCAGUGAACAAAGAUGACACAGUGGCCAGUAAACAUUCUAAAAAUCAGCAAAAUUUUGAAGACCUGGAAGACUUUAGACACAGUGGUAAAUCGUCUAUAUUUGGUCCAAGGCCUGUUGUUCAUCGUCAUGGAGUCAACAAAGAACAUCUAGUGAACACUAGUGAUCGAUUGGACAGUCAACAGAAAAAUGGUCAUGCUAGCAGUCCAUCCAAGAUGUUACCAUCACAAGAAAUUGCUGAUGUGGAAGAUAUUGACAGGAAUGUAGAUUAUCAUGGAUGGCUACAGCAAAAAAAGAGAAAAUGGAAAGAGAUUCGUGAAGAAAGGAAACGCCAAAGGUUGGAUACGUCGAGGACAGUAAACCAUGUUAGUGGCAGUGCUGACAUGUUUCAUAGCAUGGCAAAUCGCAAACGCCAGGGAAAAACUGGGGUUAAUUCCUACUUUGAGCGACACGAAUUAGCCCUCACACGAAAUCACUGGCAGAUAGUUCAACUUGAACCGACUUCACAACAUGGACAAUUUUUUGCAUGGGUAGUUGUGGAAGGAGUCAUGCACAAAAUUUCAGUAACUAUCCCCAGAGUGUUUUACCUCAACUCCAAAGCUCCUAUAACUGAGGAAUUUCCUGGAAGACGUGUCAACAAGAUUCUUCCUCAUGGACGCCAUAGCUACAAUUUAAUUGAGGUCACUAUUGAUGAGGAUCAAUUCAAGUCAGAAAGCAAAAAGCUAGCAGCUCACCUUGCUGACCCAGAAGUGGAGGGAAUAUAUGAAACAAAGGUUCCAUUAGAGUUCAGUGCUAUUCUUCAGAUGGGUUGUGUUUGUAAAGUUGAUAAAGCAACUAAGAAAAGGAAUCCACAAGAUGGUUGGAGUUUGAGUGAGCUGCAUAUGAAGACAACAACUGAGUGCCCGUAUUUGGAUCAGUCCAUAACUUUCUUCUACUUGUAUCAUAGUGUGUCGGAUGUACGAGCCAUUUAUGUGGGACAUUUUCCUGCGUCCAAGAUGAUACAUGUUGUGGUUGUCAAUCCAUUUCAAAACAAGGAAUUAUCACAAAACGUUCUUGAAAGACAUUUUUAUGAAGCUUGCCAAACAUUGUCUGGGCAGCCUAUCACACAAAAGGAAGGUAUUAGUUUCAAGUUGGAUUAUGUCGGGUACAUCAAGGAUGCUGAGAGGAUUCUACAGAGAGCAGUUAAUGAGCAUAGGCAUCAUGGACCUGCAGUUGCCAUGAUUGAGUGCCCUAAUGCCCAUUUACUGAAGUCUGGCAUACGAGCUUUGGAGGAUUUUCCUUGCAUCAGCAUCCCAUGUAAUGCUCGGGAUAGUCAAUAUCAGGCACUAGGUUGGCAAAAUGUAGCAGCAAAGAUUGGAAUGCAGCGAUGCGCGACAUCCCCCCAGUGGUUAAAUGAAAGGAUCACUCUCUCAAGAUAUGCCCAUGUUCCCAUAGGGAAUUUUGAUGUUGAUUGGCUCAUGCAUACAGCAGAUAUCUUCUUUUCCAGAGCACUUCGUGAUCAGCAACAGGUCUUGUGGAUAUCUGAUAAUGGAAUCCCUGACUUAGGAGGCAUAAAUGAUGAAGUAUCAUCUUUUAUGGAUGAGGUCAAUCAGCCAGUUCUUACUUAUCCUGGUGCAUAUAGAAAAGUUACUGUUGAGCUGAAGAUUCAUCAUCUGGCUGUUGAUGCUCUACUGAAAAGCAACCAAGUAAACGAAAUGGAAGGAGGCACUCUGUUUGGAUUGGACCAGGACUUGAACCCUACGACGGAUUUUACUAAUGAACAGUACUUCUUUGACGCAACAACAUCCUGUGCACCAGCAUUUCGUGUACUUAAGCAGUUGAUUCAAAGGUGCCUUACAGAUGCAGUAACAUCAGGAAACAUAUUUGCUGAUGCAAUGCUGCAACAUUUGUACCGAUGGCUCUGCAGCCCCCGAUCUAGACUGCAUGACCCAGCUCUUCACAGUAUGCUUCACAAGGUUAUGCAAAAGAUGUUUGCAUUGCUUGUGGCUGAACUCCGAAAAUUGGGUGCUGCUAUUGUGUUUGCCAACUUCUCAAAAAUCAUAAUUGACACUGGGAAGUCAGAUAUUUUUGCUGCCAAAGCCUACUGUGAUAAUGUUAUUAAAAAUGUACAAUCAAGAGAAUUGUUUGAGUGGAUUGAACUUGAGCCGUUGCAGUUUUGGCACUCGUUGCUUUUCAUGGAUCAGUACAAUUAUGGUGGAAUUCGAGCUAGACAUAGUGAUGAACCUUUAGAAGUUAACUCAGAACCAGGUGAAGAAAGUGUGUGUGGUGAAUCUCAAGUCGAUAUCGUGUCAAGCUGGAACAUUGCAGAAAAUUUACCGAAGGCAACUCAGGAUCGCUUCAUUUUGAUUGUUUCGGAGUUUAUGUAUGGUCCAUGGAAAUAUGCACAAGAACAAGCUACACAUCGAGUAUCUGCUAGCGAUGGUGAUUUAUGUACACCAUCAAUCACUGCUGCACUUGCUGAAACAUUUGAUUUGCAAAUGGCAGAAGAUCUAAAGAAGAAGAUUGGAACUUACUUCACUGACAAACUUCUGAAAAUUGUUUGUGACCCUAAUCUUCAAAUGAAAGUGAUGAACAACUCUCAGAAGAUACAGGAGACACCAGAUGCAAACUCACAAUCUAUUAGCCAUGUCCAAAAGGGGGAUCCAGCUUUAGAGUUCAUUAAGCAUGUCUGUGCAGUUUUGGCCCUUGACCAGAAUGUGCAGCAUGAAGUUCUGAUCAUGAGGAAAAAUUUAUUAAAACUUGUUCGUGUGAGGGAAUUUGCUCCAGAGGCAGAAUUUCGUAGUCUUUCUGUAUCAUAUACCCUUCCAAAUGUCAUUUGCAGUUACUGCAAUGACUGCAGAGACCUUGACUUGUGUCGAGACAGAGCUUUGAUUUCUCAGGAGUGGCGUUGUGCUGUUCCCCAGUGUGGGCAACCUUAUGAUCGUGAAGCAAUGGAAAAUGCUCUUGUUCAAAUUGUUCGGCAGAGAGAGAGGCUAUACCAUCUUCAGGAUCUAGUAUGCCUAAAAUGCCACCAGAUUAAAGCUGCACAUUUAUCAGAUCACUGUGCUUGUGCCGGAUCAUUUAGCUGCAAGGAAGAUGUCUCAGAUUUCCGCAAUAAAAUGCAAGUCUUCUUGAACAUAGCCGUAAAUCAAAAGUUUCAAUUGCUCCAAGAAUGCACUUCUUGGAUUUUGGAAGCCAGAUAACUACAAGUAUCAGAUAAGUGCACCUCAUUAUCAGUGACAAAUCGUUUGAGCACUUAACAUUUACUGGCUGCUCUGCAUGGUGCAAGGCUGCCUCAUGGCGUCCAAAACAAGAUUUACUUUUUAUUGAUACACAAUUACGUCCAGGUAUUCGAGGAGUCCAUGAAAUGAGAGCUGAUCUGUUUUAGAAAUUCAGCUGUCUGCAUGGG